AUGGCUCUAGUAGAUGUUUUCCCAGAGAAUCCCUUCACGCCGAGCCUACCAUAUGCCAGUGCUGCACAGCUCCCAGUGACUGUCCCAUGGGGUGGAAAGGCCCUCCAGAUGGGCACACCGCUCAUUGUAGGGAGCCAGCCCCAAGACACGCAGUUCCUGGAGGAUCGGUGUGCCUUCAGCUCGGAUUCACUGAAGAAGACAUCACUAACCUUCCGACAUGUUUCCCGGGGCAUGAUAACCGAGAGUAAUACCCACACGGCGGCCGCGAGGCACGAACAUACGUCCUUCUCGAUUCAGGCACAAAUUGGCGGCUCGGUGAUCGGCGUGUCCGGGCGAGGCAACUAUGAGGCCCGUGGGGCAACCAACCAGGAUGACACAGCGGAGGACGAACUGACACCACAAUCGCAUGGCCAGAUCGUCAAUGCAAGCUUUCGUACCGAGUACCAGAGUGGCUGGAUUGGUUUUGUCUCACCUCCGCGUUUGUCACCCCUGGCGCUAGAGCUGCUCCAUACGCAUGACGAUCCCCACACUGCUUUCCGUGAACGAUUCGGGGAUUACUAUGUGGGGGCUUACCUCCUGGGCGGUGCCAAUGCUCAGCUAGUAUCGUCCAACGACAUCGCCGCCUCGGCCUCCAAGGACCUAUCUGGUAAAGGCGAAGUGCGGUUCCUCGGCUUCAAGAAAGAAAAAAAGUUCGACAGUCAUGAGAAAGCAGAUGCUGCUUUCGGCCAGAUUCGGUUAACAGGCUACGAUUCCCUAGAGGCAUGGGAGUGUGAUCAUCAAGAAAAUGAGGAUGUGAGGCUCAUCCACCAGGUCGCUGAUGAAAAUGAGAAGCGAUGCAGAAGUUUGAUUGGUCGGGUCAACGGGAAAGUGGAGAUGUUUCAGCUGAAAGAUGGUGGAGUCGUGUCGGUGGAGCUCUGUGAGGGCAUUUGUCGAGCUCAUUUAGUGGUCCAGAUUCUACUUCUGCCAUACAAGAAGCUGCGGGAAUAUGCGGUGGCUGUUUUAGCCAACGCUAGUGGGACCGAUGCCGUGGACUCCGGUUCGCACAUGGCCUCGACUCCUGCGGGCAAGGCCUAG